AUGGCUUAUGUUCGGCAACUGCGUCCGCAAGAGACGACGGUCCAUCCCUGUCAACUGCCCAGUGAAGAUGGCGGACGUAGAGCUGGAGAGUGAAUCUAAAACGGCAGAUAAUUAUGAUCUUCAGACUCUGAAGGAACUUGUGGACCAGCUCUAUUAUUUCAGGGACCACUAUUUUGAGACACACGAUGUGGAGGAUGCUGGGAGGAAGCAGAAUGAUGUCACACAGGAAAUGGAGAAGAUUCUGAAGAGACUGGAAGAGAAGGAAGAGCGGUGCAGGCACAGUGUGGACUUCCUGCUGCUGCGGGGUCGGUGUCUAGGUGUGGCUCCAGGAUUCAGCAGGGAGGCAGAGGAGAGUCUGUCCCGGGCUGUGAAGCUGGAUCCUGGGCUGGUGGAGGGCUGGAACGCCCUGGGGGAGCAGUACUGGAAGAAGGGCGAUCUGAUCGGGGCCAAAACCUGCUUCACUGGGGCCCUGCAGCAGUGUAAGAACAAGGUGUCCCUGCGCAGCCUGUCCAUGGUGUUGAGGCAGCUGCCAGGAGGGGGCGCUGAUGAGCAGAGCCAGAGGGUGCUGGAGAGUGUGGCCAUGGCCCGGCAGGCUGUGCAGCUGGACCUCACCGACGGCCUGUCCUGGUAUGUACUGGGGAACGCCUACAUCUCCCUCUUCUUCACCAGUGGACAGAACCCCCAGGUUUCACAGCAGGCAAUGAGUGCCUAUGCACAGGCUGAGAAAGUGGACAGAACGGCCUCAUCCAACCCUGACCUGCACUUCAACAGAGCCACGCUCUUCCAGUACGAGGAGAUGUACGGGUCGGCGCUGGCUGUCAGCCGGGCCGUGGCUCUGGACCCGGCAUGGAAGACUCCGGAGAGAGAGAGACAGCUGCUGGACUACCUGGAUCGGCUGACGGCCCUCGUAAACAACAAGGCAUGCUGGGACUGUGGAGGAUAGGGACUCCUGCAGUGACUCUCUGAGGCUCUUGUGCUGGACAUAAGGCUGUUCAUAGAGUGACUCUGAGGCUCUUGUGCUGGACAUAAAGGCUGUUCAUAGAGUGACUCUGAGGCUCUUGUGCUGGACAUAAAGGCUGUUCAUAGUUUGGCCGUGUAUGAUCGUUGGUUUGGAUUGUCGGUUGCAACGACUUUUGGUUUAGACUAGAAUGACAGACAAUAGGAGGUAAAGCGGAUGUAACUGCUCCCUAUGAAAUAGACCGCAAAAGGGAAAUAUAAGCAAACAAUGUAGCGCUGAAGUCUGGGUUCAAAGCAUGUUUCAUGGUUUAAAUACAUAGCUAUAUGCUGAAUACGAUGGGGUGGGAAGUCCUGUUUCGUGUUUUUGGAUCUCACUCUCCCAUAAUGCUUUCCCUUUCAGUGACGAAAUGUCCAAAAUUGGACCAUCUAAUGCCACCGACUUUACCAGCAUGAUUUUCACUUAUAAACUUCACCCUGAAUAGGAUUUAUUUGUGUAAUCAGUAGCUUAUCGAUGGCAACCUGCAACCGAUGUCAAGCGCAAUUGAGGGGGUAAAAAAAAAACCCAUAUGGGAGCGAAUGUUUUGGUGCGUCCCAUGAGUCCCUUAUUUUUUUAAAGUAAUGAAAAGCUGCCUGUCAAUCAUUUGCUGGUGAUACGGAGCCUAGCCAGUUUGUGGCUGCAGUACAAUUUAAUGCUUCAUUUGCAGAUAUAAAGUUUUUGUUGCUGAGACUUAAGUUGUACUGAACUUUGACCCCAUCACUGGCUCAGUCUUCCUGACAUUGUAGAACGUAUCUUUAGCUUCCAUGUCUUGAGCUCACAAAAUGACUCCUGUCUCAGCGAUGCGUUUGUGUUCAUUCUGUUCAUGAGUCACAGCGUUCAAAAUCAAUGUCCAGCAAUAAUGGAAUUGUGAUAUUUGUGAUAAUGUAGAUAUCCAUUGUACAUCGCCCAUGUUAUAAACCGCCGUCCCCUCCCUCUCUCUCCCCUCUCCCCCUCCCCCCUCCCUCCCCUCUCUC